AUGAUGAUCACCAACUUCUUGAAGAGAACAUCAUCACCAUUGAUGUUCAAGCAGGCAUCAAAGAUGUCUGUUCGUACACUCUCCACCCUGGCACCCAAGGAAGUUACAGUUCGUGAUGCUAUCAAUAGUGCAUUGGACGAGGAGAUUGAGAGAGACCCACGUGUGUUCUUGAUGGGCGAGGAGGUUGCCAAGUACAACGGUGCCUACAAGAUCUCAAAGGGACUGUACGAUAAAUACGGAGAGAAGAGAAUCAUCGAUACACCAAUUACAGAGAUGGGAUUCGCAGGUGUUGGUGUCGGUGCCGCCAUGGCCGGACUCAGACCAAUCGUCGAGUUCAUGACCUGGAACUUUGCCAUGCAGGGUAUCGAUCACAUCGUCAACUCAUCGGCCAAGACCCACUACAUGUCCGGUGGUACGGUGUACAACUCCAUCGUCUGGAGAGGUCCAAACGGCCCACCCACCAGUGUCGGUGCUCAACACUCACAGUGCUUUGCCGCCUGGUACAGCAGUGUCCCAGGCUGCAAGGUCAUCGUUCCAUGGAACGCAGAGGAUCACAGAGGACUGAUGAAGUCUGCCAUUCGUGAUGACAAUCCAGUGGUCUGUCUCGAGUCUGAGCUGCUUUACAACUACAAAUUCAUGCUCUCGCCAGAGGCCCAGGGCAAGGACUUCUUGCUGCCAAUCGGUCAAGCCAAGGUCGAGCGCCAGGGCACAGACGUGACCAUCGUCAGUUUUUCAAGAGGUGUCUCUCUGUGCAUGGACGCUGCCGAGCAACUUGCCAAGGAGGGCAUCAACGCUGAGGUCAUCAACCUCCGUUCAGUCCGUCCACUGGAUGUCGAGACUCUCGUCAAGUCCAUCAUGAAGACCAACAGAAUGGUCACCGUCGAGGAAGGAUGGCCUCAAUCUGGUAUUGGUGCUGAGAUUGCCGCCCAAAUGGUUGAGAAUGCUUUUGAUUACUUGGAUGCACCAAUCGAGAGAAUCUGUGGUGCUGACCUUCCAAUGCCAUAUGCCAAGAACUUGGAGGAUGCUGCAAUGGUCCAGGUCGAGAAUAUUGUAAAUGGUGCCAAGAGAGUAUGCUUUAGAAAGAAAUAA